AAGCAACCUAACUUACGUGCGCGGUGCGCAUUAGCGUAACAUAGACGAAGGUCAUCUUUCAGCAACUGAACACAUCCGAAUUGAUCCAAAUUGUCUUCUACUUCAUUUUACUCCCACAACAAUGGCAGCCCAGCUUCAUUUGGCGGCGCCAUUUAAAUCCCAAAUCCAACUUCAACAAACUAAAAACUUCAAUUCUUCUGCAUUUUACUACAAUAAAUUUCCAAGAGUGCGCUGUUCUGCUGCUACAACACCCACUAAAAAAAGCUACAACAUCACCCUUCUUCCUGGUGAUGGCAUUGGCCCUGAAAUUAUCUCUAUUUCUAAACAUGUUCUUCAACUUGCAGCUUCCAUUGAAGGGAUUGACAUCAAGUACCAAGAGAUGCCUGUUGGUGGUUCUGCUUUUGAUCUCACAGGAGUCCCAUUGCCAGACGAGACCCUUGCGGCAGCAAAACAAUCUGAUGCGGUUCUUCUAGGAGCUAUUGGAGGAUAUAAAUGGGAUAAACUUGAGAAAAAGUUGAAGCCAGAGACCGGCUUGCUUCAGCUUCGGGCAGGUCUUGAUGUAUUUGCAAAUUUAAGGCCUGCAACUGUCUUACCUCAGUUAAUUGAUUGUACCACAUUGAAAAGAGAAGUAGCUGAAGGUGUUGAUCUGAUGGUGGUGAGGGAGCUAACUGCAGGUAUCUACUUUGGAGAGCCUAGGGGCUUUUCUGUGAAUGAAAAGGGAGAGGAGAUUGGUUUCAAUACCGAGGUCUACUCUGUUUCUCAGAUUGAUCGUAUUGCUCGUGUAGCCUUUGAGACAGCUAGGAAGAGGCGUGGGAAGCUCUGCUCCGUUGAUAAAGCCAAUGUUCUAGAGGCAUCUAUGCUUUGGAGGAAAAGAGUAACUGAAAUGGCAGCGGACUACCCUGAUGUUGAGCUUUCACAUAUGUAUAUUGAUAAUGCUGCAAUGCAACUUGUUCGUGAUCCGAAACAGUUUGACACGAUUUUAACCAACAACAUUUUUGGUGAUAUCUUAUCUGAUGAGGCUUCAAUGAUUAGUGGGAGUAUUGGAAUGCUUCCUUCGGCGAGCAUUGGCCAAUCGGGACCUGGACUUUUUGAACCUAUACACGGUUCUGCUCCUGACAUUGCUGGGCAGGACAAAGCAAAUCCAUUGGCAACUAUCCUAAGUGCUGCAAUGCUUUUGCGAUAUGGUCUUGGGGAAAGUAGCGCAGCAGAUAGAAUUGAGGCAGCUGUUAUGGACACCUUAAAUAGGGGAUUUCGAACUGGUGACAUAUACUCGGUUGGAAAUCAACUAGUUGGAUGCAAAGAGAUGGGUGAACAGGUGAUGAAGGCAGUAGAAUCUCAAAUUCCUGCUGCUGUUUGAUUCCACAUUGCAGUACGAAUCCAUGAUAGAGUGGCUGUUAUUCAAGCAGUAACGCCAAGUACGAGGGCCAAUGCUCUUGUGGAAUGGGCGCAUGGCUAUGCAUUUCUACGGAAGACAAUUGAGAAGCAGCAAUUUUGUAUGCCUUUCUAUUUAUGAAGUCUGUUCUAGUUUACCGGGCAAAUAGUUUUGUACUGUACUCCUGAUCUACAUUAACAGCGAUACUGCUAACAAGAAUUUUGUAUCAUUAUAUGGUAUUUCAAUCAAUGACUGUUGUGAACA